AUGCUGGUUCAGGAAAAUAUGGGUGACGCCAUGCUUGUCAAGAAAAGGCCUGUUUCAAUCGAUGAAAUGAAUCUUAAAUCUAUACAACGACUGGAUCCAUGUGCGGUGGCAGUCAUUGAUAAGUCUGUGCAUGCGGCGCUCUAUCAGUUCGAUAAGUGUAAUACGCAGUGGGUGAAGUCCGCGAUCGAAGGUCCGCUAUUUCUGUACAAACGAGCCGAUAAGCCUUUUCAUUCGUUAAUGAUUGCAAAUCGUCAAUCUCUCGAGGAUCACAUCGAACCGAUCACGUCUCGAUUGCGAUUUUUCCUUGAAGCUCCUUAUUUGUUUAUGAACACUCAAGAAGGUGAGAUAAGAGGUUUCUGGUUCUUUGAAGAAGAGGAUUGUACGCGUUUGUAUAAAUUGCUUGUCAAGCUUGUUUCUGAUUCAAGUCCGUCGACAUCUACUAUUGUCAACCAUUCAAAAAGACCAAUUCCAAGUAAAUCGCAAAAUGGAUAUGGUGCGCACUCAAAUACUGUUGCAGGAAGAGACAGUCGUUGCAAAAAACUGGAUGAAAUGCCGGCUUUGCUGCAGCAGUUGCUUUCGAAGCAGACAACCACAAAAUUACCCGAUGUGCCGACCAGAGGUGCUUUGAGUGCGGAUCAGAUUGAAAGACAGCUUCUUCUCCGCGGUGCUCAAGGCGAAAGUGCUGGGGUGUCAACAGAAAAUAAAUCAGAUGCGAAAAUAAUGGGGAAGUACGCAUCAGCAUCUCACGAGAACGAAGAAAAUGACACAUUAUCGGAUUUAGUGAAUAAUCUGUCCCUCUGCGCUGCCAAAACAUCUUCCGGUAUAAAGGAUGUGGAGAAGCGUCGGUCGAAGAGCAAAAAUAAGCAUGAUGGCAUACCUGAGGAUAAUUCACAAAUUGUCUGUCUCACGAAGGAUCAGUUGUUGGUGGCACUUAAGCAUUUAUUAAAGGACGAUGGCUUUGUAACACGCCUACAUUGUGCAUAUUUGGAGAGCAUCAAUAGUCGAUUGGGACUGCGCGAGUAA